AUGCCCCGAAGCCCCGUGUCCAGCGAGGAGGAGCGCCGCAGUGUGAGCGAGUGCCCCGAAGGGGGCUCCGAGUCCGACAGCUCCCGGGACGGCCCGGGGAGGGGACCCAAAGGGGCCCGGGGCCGGGGUGGGGGGGCUGGCAUUAGCCUGGCCUCUGCCCGCCGCCUGCAGGGCCGCUCCAUGUCGGUACCCGACGACGCCCACUUCAGUAUGAUGGUCUUCCGGAUUGGGAUCCCAGAUCUGCAUCAGACUAAAUGUCUGCGGUUCAAUCCGGACGCCACCAUCUGGGCUGCCAAGCAGCAAGUCCUGUGUGCCCUAAGCGAAAGUCUCCAGGACGUUCUUAACUAUGGGCUGUUCCAGCCAGCUUCCUCCGGCCGGGAUGCCAACUUCCUGGAGGAGGAGAGGCUGCUUCGAGAAUACCCCCAGUCCUUUGAGAAGGGCGUACCCUACCUCGAGUUCCGAUACAAGACCCGGGUUUACAAACAGACUAAUCUGGAUGAGAAGCAGCUAGCAAAACUCCACACCAAGACCGGGUUGAAGAAGUUUCUGGAGUAUGUACAGCUUGGCACAUCCGACAAGGUGGCAAGACUGUUGGACAAGGGGCUGGACCCCAAUUAUCAUGACUCCGACUCAGGAGAGACUCCUCUGACGCUGGCAGCCCAGAUCGAGGGCUCAGUGGAUGUGAUCCGCACACUGUGCUUGGGUGGAGCCCACAUUGACUUCCGGGCUCGGGAUGGGAUGACAGCGCUCCAUAAGGCUGUGUGUGCCCGACACUGCAUGGCCCUCACGGCUCUGCUAGAUCUUGGGGGAUCCCCCAACUACAAAGACCGCCGGGGGCUGACUCCCUUGUUCCACACGGCCAUGGUAGGUGGAGACCCUCGAUGCUGCGAGCUCCUGCUCUAUAAUCGGGCCCAGCUGGGCAUCGCUGAUGAGAACGGUUGGCAGGAGAUCCACCAGGCCUGCCAGAGGGGUAACUCCCAGCACCUGGAACACCUGCUGUUUUACGGGGCUGAGCCAGGUGCCCAGAAUGCAUCUGGGAACACGGCCUUGCACAUCUGCGCUCUCUACAACAAGGAGACAUGUGCCCGAAUCCUCCUGUAUCGGGGGGCCAACAAGGAGGUGAAGAACAACAAUGGACAGACACCUUUCCAGGUGGCUGUAAUAGCUGGCAACUUUGAGCUGGGGGAGCUGAUCCGAAACCACCGAGACCAGGAUGUGGUCCCCUUCCAGGAGUCCCCCAAGUAUGCUGCCCGUCGGAGGGGGGGUCCACCAGGCACAGGGCUGACUGUGCCCCCGAUGCUGCUCCGAGCUAACAGUGACACCAGCAUGGCACUGCCUGAUUGGAUGGUGUUUUCACCCUCUGGGCCCCCUGGCCCUGGUCCUGCCCCAGCGGCCCCAGCUCCGACAACCCCCUCAACCCCAGGCACCAAACUCAGCAGCGGCACUUUGCGUAGUGCCAGCAGCCCUCGGGGUGCCCGUGCCCGCUCUCCUUCCCGAGGGAGGCACCCAGAGGAGGCAAGGAGGCAACCCCGGGGACGGCCCAGCUCCAGUGGGACACCCAGAGAGGGGCCAUCUGGGGGCACAGGGGGAUCCGGGGGCCCUGGGGGCUCCCUGGGAAGCCGGGGACGGCGACGGAAGCUCUACACGGCGGUACCAGGACGCUCCUUCAUGGCCGUGAAGCCAUACCAGGCCCAGGGCGAGGGGGAGAUCUCCUUGAGCAAGGGAGAGAAGAUCAAAGUGCUCAGCAUCGGGGAAGGAGGCUUCUGGGAAGGUCAGGUCAAAGGUCGAGUUGGCUGGUUCCCCUCAGAGUGCCUAGAGGAGGUGGCUAAUCGCUCCCAGGAGGGAAAGCAAGAAAGUCGAAGUGACAAAGCCAAAAGGCUCUUCCGCCAUUACACCGUGGGCUCUUAUGACAGCUUUGAUGCCCCCAGGUCUCCCCUCCCCCGCUCCUCACUCCCAGCCCCCCUACGCAGCCCAGCGCAGGAUGCCAAGGGGUUAAAGCCAGGCGCCUGCCCGCCUGCCUCCCGCUCUGUCAGCGGUGCUGAAACCGGCGGCGCUGUCCCUGGUGCUGAACCCGGCGCUGUCCGUGGUAUUGAACCCAGCCCCCCCCCCCCGGGCCCCCCAGCAUGUGAGCCUCCCUCUUCCUACCCCCCUUCCUCCCUGCCCCCCCCGGGGGGGUCGUGCCCCCUCCCUCCCCCGGCGCGGGUCAGCAUGAGGUGGGGCCUGGGGGCCCGGACACGGGGGACGCGGGGGCGGCCGGGACCGGGGCCGGGGCCAGGGCGAUGGCUUUGUCUGCGGCCGGUGGCAAGUAGCGGUGAAGGGGGGGCCCCCCCUGCCGCAGCCGCCCCCCCUGUCCUCCAGCUGGCCGGCCCUGGGGCCCCGGCGGCGCAGCGUCUGGUAUAUCUACAGGGUGGGGGCCGGGGCACAGGAGAGAAGAGAGAGCCUACAAGGAAAUCCCCGGAACGUGGCGACAGGUCAGCCAUGGCAGGCGGCUCCCACUCCCCCUUCUUGGCCAUGCCAGGCCAUGGAGGCCCAGCGGUGGUUCCCCUGCCCACAGAGGGAGCUGCACUCUGCAGUGCUGCCCUCUGCAUGAGGUCAGUAAAGGAGGCUGAGAAGGAGCAGUCAGAAAGGUAG